AUGAGAUCAGUUGGGAAGAUAAUAUGUGGCACCCUGGCCGCGGCCGUGGGGGUAUCGACCCAAGACACGUUUGAAGCACCCGAGUUCAAUGUGACCGAAGCACUUAUCAAGAACGGUGUCAACGUGUCUGCAAUUCCUGAAUUGGCAGGCUUGGUUGUUCGAUCGUCCGUGAGCGGCUGCUCCAUCGCAUGCGACUCGCUCAAGCUCGUCUUCGGAGACGCCAAGGUUGUUCAUGGUCAGCAUGCCGAGUACUGGUCAAACCAACAACUAGCCGUUGAACCGUACUGCACUUUCACUCCCAAGGCAGCCCUUGAGGUGUCAACCUUAGUGUUGAUAUCACGCCUUACGCAGUGUCCUUUUGCGGUCAAGAGUGGUGGACACGCGGCGUUCCCCGGUGCUUCUAGUAUUCAAGGAGGCAUUACCGUUGACCUGAAAGACUUCACGGCGCGCAACCUUUCGAUCGACAAGAAGACUGUCGCUAUUGGUCCGGGUAACCGGUGGAUAGACGUGUAUCACUAUCUCACCCCAUACAACUUAACGGUGGUUGGUGGCCGAGCAGCACAUGUCGGUGUUGGCGGGCUUACUCUUGGUGGAGGCAUCAGCGACCUCACAAACGAGUACGGACUUGCUUGUGAUAAUGUUGCAUCCUUCGAAGUCGUCACCGCUUCUGGCAUUAUCGUCAAUGCAUCUCCCAAGCUCUUUCCGGAUCUGUACUGGGCUCUGCGCGGUGGCGGCAACAACUUCGGUAUCGUGACGACGUUUAACUAUGAAACCAUCGUACAACCCCCCAUGUGGGGCGGCAUGCGCAUCUACGACCCCAGCAGCACGCCCGCAUUGAUAACCGCGUUCGAGAACGCCAUUAACAAUGCGGAAAAAGACACGAAGCUCGCACACGUAGUGUCUUUCACGACAUAUGAUACGUACAAGCUCGCUUUCACCGAACUCGAAUACCUCGUCCCAGUCGACCUCGAAAAUCCUCCCGAGAUCGCGAAAGAGUACCUCAGCAUCCCAUUCAUGCAAGAUAACACCGGCAACAGCACGCUCGAGGAUCUGACACCCCACCGAAGCAACGACAUGCCAUCUGGGUUCCGCACGUCCAUGUGGUCUGUAUCCUUCAAGAUGAGCGCUGAGCUCAUCCAAAAGAUGACCGACUACUUUUUCGAAAUCGCGCCUGCUCUCCCAGCCGUGUCCGUCAACAUCGCCUUUCAAGCGUUCUCCAAACCGGCGCUGAAAGCUAUGCAGAGGAACGGUGGGAACGCCCUCGGUCUCUACCCUGAGGACGGACCGUUUUUCCAUGUUUUGGUGUAUAUGGCUUGGAACAAGUCUAGCGACGACACUACGAUGAUGAAGGCUGCUAAGGACUAUGUUGAGGUGUCCAGAACCAUGGCUAAGGAGCUUGGUGUAGACAACGAUUACUAUUAUAUGCCAUACAGCAGUGGUUAUCAGCCCGUCGUCGCUGGGUACGGUCCAGGCAACAUGGCAAGGUUGCAGGCUAUUUCGAAGAAGUAUGACCCGACGCAGGUUUUCCAGAACUUGCAACCAGGAUUUUUCAAGCUUCAUGGAGAAGCACCGCUCGGUUUAGUUGUAUAG